GGUGGAGCAUUAAUUUGAACACCCACGCCAUCUAUUGUGAUUUCUAUAAAAUAAAAGUGGUGGUUGAGUCAUUUCUGGGCUUUUGUGUUGCCUACCUGUUUGAUUAUUUUUUAUUCUUACCCGUUAUUUUGUUUUGUUUCGCACCUGGUUUUGCUAAAAUAUUUAAUAGUAUAUCCUUCGAUUUAUCCUCACUUAUAAAGCCAUCUUUUGGUUGUUCCUAGCGAUGAAAAAACAAAAAUCGUUAAAUUGGCAACACUGAUUAAAAUAAGGUUAUGUCAAGAAUAAAUAAUUCCACAAAAACCUAUUGGAGUCUCAAUUUAACACGUUAUGUCUUAACACUUCACAAUCAUGCCUAAAAAGUUUGCUGGGGAGAAUAGUAAGGCAGUAGCUGCUAGGCAAAGAAAAGCUGCAGUGAAGGAUGCUGAAGUGUCCAAAAAGCAAAAAGAAAUAGAAGAAGCUUAUUGGAAAGAUGAUGAUAAACAACUUGUUAAAAAACAACAAAGAAAAGAAGCAGAAGAAAAAAAGAAGCAAGCUCAACUAGAAAAAAAAGCGGAAGCAAAAGCUUUAUUAGAAAAAGAAAUGGAGUCCUUAAAGAAAGCUCCUUCUAAACCACCACCACCUGUUAAAAUAACCCGAGCUCAAAUUGAACAAGCUAAGCAACCGGUUAAAAAGGAGAAAGAAAAAGAAAUUGAGACGCAUUUAACUAUACCUUUAGAAGAAAACAUCAAUCGCGCUAUGGUUGAAGGUGAAGAAGCAAGAAGUGUAACUGAAGCUAUUUCUAUUUUAAGUGUAAACUCAGCAGCUCAGGAUAAAGUGGAUAAACAUCCUGAGAAGAGAAUGAAAGCUGCUUACACUGCUUAUGAAGAGCGCAGAUUGGCGGAACUGAAGGCAGAAAAUCCAAGUUUACGCCUCUCUCAAUUGAAACAGAUGAUCUUUAAAGAAUGGCAAAAAUCACCCGAAAAUCCUUUAAAUAAAACGUAAUUUAUUGUAA